AUGGCUUCCAACAAAAUCCCUACCGGGGGUACUGCCCCACAGAGCGUCGAAAGCAUCACACGAAUUGCACAGGUCUAUGAGUACAAUUCUUCAGUCGCAUUGCGGUAUUGGCUGAGAACUGCCGCAACCCUUCUACGAGAGGCCCACAUCUACGAACGGGAAGGUCACGACGAACAAGCUUACUUCAUCCUCUUUCGACAUGCCCAAUUAGUCCUUGUUAAUCUCUCCCAGCAUCCCGAUGCCAAGAAGAACGACGAAGAUCGCAAGGCCUUGAUAGCUGCCGAGAAGGAGGUCAAGAAAAACCUCGGCAAACUCGAGGUCCUAAAGCCUCGAAUAAACAAGCGAUAUGAGCGUUACGUCCAGUUGAUGCGCGAGCGCGAUUCUCGGAAACUACCUCUCCAGGCAUUUCCUGUUCAGGAGUCGCGUGAGGUCAUCCCCGACCCUGCCCUUGCGGGCGUGGCGGAGCCUUUGGAAGCCGGAGAGAAUCGAGACCUCGCGGUGCGGUUAGCCCAGUCGGAACUCAAUCGCAGAGCCACUGCGCGGAUCUCGAAGGGUUCUCUGGGACCUUCGGCAGAAGAUUUGGAAAGUCGCCGAGCAGCUGGUGUAUGGGGCGAUUGGGACUCUCAGUUGAAACCGGAUACUCGAACAAAUGACCUGGAUCUGAGCCAACGCAUUCAAAACAUCAGAUCAAACAUCGAUAAUCCCAACGGGCAGCGCGCCAAGGCUUCCGAUGCUCUAUCCUCAACUAGUGCAUACAAGUAUCCAAGUGUGCCCCGUCAAAAGCCCUUGGAACCCACGGUGUCUGCUGCUCAAAUCGCCAUCCUCGACAAAAACGUGGAACGUCACGCACCGCCGAUUCUACCUCCAAAGGAACGCAUGGAGCCCAGGAAGGCAAUCAUUGAUGCUGUCGCACCAUCAUUGCCGGCCAAGGUUUCGCCUGCUCCAGUACUUCCAGGCAAAGUACUGCCGUCAGAAGGAACGGUCACCGCAGAAUCAAAUCUCAACCCCUCAAGUUACACCUUUAAGCCUUCUGCAUACCUCGAAAAUGGCACCCCACUACGCUCGGUGUUUUUGCCGGGAAACCUCCGAUCGCGCUUCUUGUCUUUAGCCUCUGCCAACACCCGCGCCAAUCUCGAGACAUGUGGUAUCCUCUGCGGUACCCUCGUCUCCAACGCCCUUUUUAUCUCCAAGCUAGUCAUACCUGAGCAGACUGCCACCUCUGACACUUGCGAAACAGUAAACGAGUCUGCUCUAUUUGAUUACUGCGACUCUGAAGAUCUGAUGACCCUUGGCUGGAUUCAUACCCACCCAACGCAAACUUGUUUCAUGAGCUCACGGGACCUUCACACGCACUGUGGAUACCAGGUCAUGCUCCCCGAAAGUAUCGCCAUUGUAUGUGCGCCGAGCAAAACCCCUGACUGGGGGGUGUUCCGAUUAACGGAUCCCCCGGGGCUCAAGUCAGUGCUCAACUGCACUCAAACCGGCUUGUUCCAUCCACACGCGGAAGAAAAUAUCUACACCGGAGCUUUGCGACCGCCGGGGCAUGUUUACGAACACACCGAUCUAGAGUUUGAAACGGUAGAUUUACGCCCAUGA